CUUGUGGAGCCCACUAGCUGCUUACAGGAGCUGAACGUAUCCCAAGGGGCCUUCAAGCGGAGGGAGCAACACAGGCAGCCUGCCCAGCAGCUGACAUGGAGCAGAAGAUCAGCUCUUUCUUUAAUUCCAUCUUGGAGCUCAUCCGUACCAAGCAUGAGGAAGGUGUCUUCAACACCGUCUGCUUGGCCGUGCUGAUGGGUCUGCCCUUCGUCGUCCUCAUUGCAUUCAUUUUCAUCUGCUGCCACUGCUGCUUCUGCAGCCGGAGGGGACAAAGCAGGAAGAAAGGUGGCCCCAGCAGCAAUGGGCAGCUGCACGCCGAGAGGAACAAGAAGAAAAAGAAGAAGAAGAAGAAGGAUGAAGAGGACCUGUGGAUCUCGGCUCAGCCCAAGCUGCUCUUGCUGGACAAGAGACCCUCCUUGCCCAUCUAGCGGACAGGAGGGCGUUCAGGCCCUCCCCUCUGAGAUGCCACCAGUCCUUUCAGCUGUGCACUACGAGGGGCGAGGAGAUGCCAAGCUGCUGCCACUUUAUGGUGACUUUCAAAAGAGGCUGAGCCCAGCGGCUAACCAGCGUGUUGAAGGGCCAGCAGAGAGCAAGGCAGUCGGGCACAGGUUUAUGCAAGCCUCUUCUCCCCCACCAUGACAGCGUGCCCAAGGGCAGAAACCCCUGCAAAGGACAGGCGUGCAUGCGGACACGUGCCCUGCUGAGCACACAAGGGUGACCUGCCACCAGGCCAUACGUACCUCCCGCCACGAGCACAACGCACACACGCACCGGGCUGGCACGCAGCGAACUGGGUGCAAGGCUCUCCCUCCGCACUCGCGUGCGAGCACAUGCAGCGUGGCACAGACGAGGGUGCGCAGGACCACGUGCACUCAAAAGACGAAGCCGCCUGCACGCUCCCCCUGCACAAACACGGUCGGCUGCAUGCGAAGCAAGCACAGGCACGCCUCAUUUGCUUGCCCUGCCGCGGGGAUGGCACAACUUGACUGUCUAGGCUCCGUCCAAACCCAGCUCACAUUGGAGCUGCAAAAAAAGCCAAGAGUAGAGUUACACCACAGCUCAAAGGUGUGCCAUCUCCUCGGCCACGAAACCAAAGGCAACUGAGAGUAUCUGAAGCCAGAUGCCCUCAGCCCAACCUUAGAGACCUCAAGACACCAGCUUAAGGUAGCAAAGCAGAAGGACGCAUUGCCACCCAGGCUAGAGGCAGGGAGGAGAGAGGAGGCUGCAAGACCGGCCCUUUUGCACCAGCACUUACAAAAAAUCUUCCUUGAAAGACUGUUUUAUACAGACUUGCCUUUAGAGAGCCCACCACCCUACUGCAAGAGCGGAAACACAAGCUGAGGCUGUGUAAAGGCUUAGCUACGGGCAUUAGAGUUAUUUAUUGAACGACUACUAAAGAAGAGCAGGACCAAAGGCCCCUCUGUCGUGGGGCUAGGCGCACCAAAGCGGUAUUGAAGCAGCGGACACGCUUUCCCGGCACACUUGGCCAUCCCCUCUCCCCGCAGCCCUCGUGCACACGCAGACUCACCAGCACACGCCGCCGCCAGCUGAUGCCACGUGGGCAGCUCUGUAUGCCACGCAGAGGGCUUCUGUACAGCUGUCAAGCCAGCCGGCUCUGGGAUUUGGGAUGUGCUGUAGGAGCAGAGGGGAGUAAAGUUCAUGCCCCUAGUCAUCCCUUACCCAGGGAUGCAUCAUACAGCUGGACCCUGCCCCCCUCUCCAUCCUCAUCUCCCUUGGAUGCAUGACGACUCGGCCGGGCACAGCAGCUAACGAGACCACACACAGCUCUCACCCCUACUCUGGUUUUGACCCUCUGUUCCCCCUAAGCCUGUGUACCCAGCCUACCUCCCGAGGAGCUGGGGGUCUCCUCUGCCCACCGCUCCGCCCCGCCAGGCUCUGUCUCCCCCAGCUUGUUUUGCCAGCGAGGGAUGCACACGCGUGUGACAAGAAGCCCCAUCACAUCUGGUUUUUGCCCUGCGUCCGUACACUGGAAGUUUUCCUCCUCUGACUGGAGCUGCCAGCCAGAGCCAGACAUCUGGGGGACAAGCAGCCAAACCCACAUGGGCAAGCCUGGACGGAGCUGCUGGACACGACCGCUUCCAGCCCAGGCAAGGGCGAUGCCGCCUUCCCCCAGCUCCCAGGGCACGCACUGGCGGGGGUGACAAAGCCAUCGGUUAGAAGCAGCCGCUUGUGCCACUCGGUCCCCAUGCAGCCCGUUUUGUCCGACGCGGACGGGGCGGUGAUGUUAACAUCACGUCACGGGGUUUGGCUGCAUGCGGCUGUGCUGGUAACAGUCGGGAGGCCAGGCUCCUCCUUGCACAGCCCUUUAAAUUGACCCCAUAUGCACCUUAUUUUCCAGCUUACUUUGUUAGCAUUGAAAUAAGUGACUCUUCUCCUCCAAAACAGGAAGCAACAUAUAAUGCUAUAAAAAAAAUUAGGAUUUGCCACACCUAAUCCUAGAGAGAAACAUGCAGGAAUAGUUCUGGUCUCUGUCCCAAACCCCCAGUCCAGCCAGGACCCUGGAGAACCAGCACUAGACUUGUAUUAUUCCUUCUUCCUUCCCUCCUUUCCCCCAUCCAGGUACUUUUCCCAGCCCUCUUGCCUCUCCGCUCACCAGGUGAGCAAAGCAGCCUCCUCCCGCGGGCAGGAAAGCUGCCCACGCAGGUGCUCCUGCUGCAAUCCAGAGGCACCAACAGCCUCGGAGGAAGGGUGGUGCUGCCUGGAGG